GCCGACUUCUGGAGUGGCCAAGUCUGGCUCAGCGCACAAGACGAUGGGAGUCGUUCCUUAUCUCUGUCUCUUUCUGUCCUGCCUAGCAGGUGUGAGGUCCGUCAUCGUCCUGAAUCAGCCCGUGUCAGCGAUCGUUAAGCCCGGCGAGUCCCACAAAUUAACCUGCGCAGUUGAAGGGUUCGAUCUCAAAAAGAAAAACGUUCACUGGGUUAGAAUGGUCUCCGGGAAAGAGCUGGAGUGGCUGGCAAUAGUAUGGACGACAAAUAAACCCGACUAUGUGCCUGGACUCCGAGACCGACUCAUCGCUUCCAAGAGAGGCAGAUCAGUCUUUCUAGAAAUAAAGGAUCUGAAAGUCGAGGACACGGCAGUCUACUACUGUGCGAAAGAUGGAGGAACUCCGGUCUACGAUCUUCAAGUCUGGGGGAAGGGAACCUCGCUGACAGUGACUUCAGAGGUCAAGUCCACACCAUCAGUCUACAUCACUGCUUCCUGGAAUGCAAAAACUGACCAAGACAUCAGCCUCCUCUGUCUGGUCAAGGACUAUCAGCCCGAGAGCAUCAGUCAGACAUGGUCCAAUAACAGUGGAGACAUCAGCAAUGGAAUCAAGAAAUACCCAGCGGUGUUGGGGCAAAAUUCAAAGUACACGAUGAGCAGCUUGCUCCGAGUCUCUGUGGCAGACUGGAAGAAGGACAAAGCCUACUACUGCAAGGCAGGGUACACACCGAACGAGAUUGUGACAGUGAAGAUCCAGAAAUCUCAGCUUCUGAACCUCAUCUCCCUUGUUCCAUCCCCGGAGGAUGUCCAAAGUCAAGCCACUGCUGUCCUGGGCUGUAUGAUCUAUGGAUUCCAUCAUCGCAAAUUUAAUAUUGCCUGGAAGAAAGAUGGAUUGAUUCAAACGGGCAACAUUGUCCCUUCCACUUCAAGAAGCAAUGCUAGUUCUGAAACCUUCACUUACCUGUCAAUGCCUAUGAAGGACUGGAUCAACAAAUCUGAAUAUACUUGUGAGGUGAAACAUCCCUAUGGCUUCAGCAGAAUGGUCAGCAUGAGAUAUGCAGACGAAUUGUCUGUCUUUAUUCGAAAUCCCGACAUUGAAGAGAUAUGGAUCAGCAAGACAGCUACUGUGAAGUGCAUGGUUCUCUGUACCAAUCCACAGGAAAUCAACAUCAGUUGGUUAGUGAACGGGACGAAGUCAAGAAACCCUGUUUUCUCUGAACAACCAGAAAGUAAAGGAAUCGUAAAAAUAGUGAUCAGUACAAUGAAUUCCAGUGUAGAGGAGUGGCUCAGCGGGGUGGAGUACAAGUGCGUCAUUGAAGAUUUCUCCACGUCCACUCAAAUGUCAGCAAAGACAAAAAGAACCAAAGGAACAACAAAAAGACCUAAUGUCAGAUUGCUGCCUCCACCAGAGGAAGAAAUCAAGUCCAACAGUGCUGCCGUUCUUGAAUGUGUGGUCUCAGGAUUCUACCCAGACCAUAUAACUGUCACCUGGGAGAAGGACAGCUCUGUGAUCAGCUCCAGCACCAGACCUACACCAACCGCUCUGGAGCAAGGGGGCACUUUCAGUGUCAGACACUUCCUGACCGUGAGUUUACAGGAGUGGGAGACCGAAUCAGUCUUCAGCUGUACAGUGACUCAUCCCCCCUCCAACACCCGUAUCAAGAAGCAAGUGAAGAACGUCCAAGGUGUUCCCUCGGACCCUAUGAGAGAAUUGUCUGUCUUUAUUCAAAAUCCCGACAUUGAAGAGAUAUGGAUCAGCAAGACAGCUACUGUGAAGUGCAUGGUUCUCUGUACCGAUCCACAGGAAAUCAACAUCAGUUGGUUAGUGAACGGGACGAAGUCAAGAAACCCUGUUUUCUCCGAGCAACCAGAAAGUAAAGGAAUCGUAAAAAUAGUGAUCAGUACGAUGAGUUCCAGUGUAGAGGAGUGGCUCAGCGGGGUGGAGUACAAGUGCGUCAUUGAAGAUUUCUCCACGUCCACUCAAAUGUCAGCAAAGACAAAAAGAACCAAAGGAACAACAAAAAGACCUAAUGUCAGAUUGCUGCCUCCACCAGAGGAAGAAAUCAAGUCCAACAGUGCUGCCAUUCUUGAGUGUGUGGUCUCAGGAUUCUACCCAGACCAUAUAACUGUCACCUGGGAGAAGGACAGCUCUGUGAUCAGCUCCAGCACCAGUCCUACACCAACCGCUCUGGAGCAAGGGGGCACUUUCAGUGUCAGACACUUCCUGACUGUGACUUUACAGGAGUGGGAGACCGAAUCAGUCUUCAGCUGUACAGUGAUUCAUCCCCCCUCCAACACCCGUAUCAAGAAGCAAGUGAAGAAUGUCCAAGGUGUUCCCUCGGACCCUAUGAGAGAAUUGUCUGUCUUUAUUCAAAAUCCCGACAUUGAAGAGAUAUGGAUCAGCAAGACAGCUACUGUGAAGUGCAUAGUUCUCUGUACCGAUCCACAGGAAAUCAACAUCAGUUGGUUAGUGAACGGGAUGAAGUCAAGAAACGCUGUUUUCUCCGAGCAACCAGAAAGUAAAGGAAUCGUAAAAAUAGUGAUCAGUACAAUGAAUUCCAGUGCAGAGGAGUGGCUCAGCGGGGUGGAGUACAAGUGCGUCAUUCAGGAUUUGUCCACGUCCACUCAAAUGUCAGCAAAGACAAAAAGUACCAAAGGAACAACAAAAAGACCUAAUGUCAGAUUGCUGCCUCCACCAGAGGAAGAAAUCAAAUCCAACAGUACUGCCGUUCUUGAGUGUGUGGUCUCAGGAUUCUACCCAGACCAUAUAACUGUCACCUGGGAGAAGGACAGCUCUGUGAUCAGCUCCAGCACCAGUCCUACACCAACCGCUCUGGAGCAAGGGGGCACUUUCAGUGUCAGACACUUCCUGACCUUGAGUUUACAGGAGUGGGAGACCGAAUCAGUCUUCAGCUGUACAGUGAUUCAUCCCCCCUCCAACACCCGUAUCAAGAAGCAAGUGAAGAAUGUCCAAGGUGUUCCCUCGGACCCUACGAAAGAUACAGACUGAAAUUUGGUGGGAUAUGAAUCGAUCACAACCAAUCUGUUCCGAAGCAUCGAUAAAUCUCCCAGCAAACCCACCCUGUGUCAAUAUUUCACGUGUUCUGACCAUUUGUUUUAGAUCUUGUGUCUGCCUCUUCAUGAUUCCAUCUAUUUGUUUUAUUAGUUUGAUGAUUAUUAACUGACCCAGCUCAUUGAGAACAAAAUUCAAAGCAUAUUAAUCAAAUGGCAUCAUUCGCCACAAAUCUCUGAGCAGCUGGAUAACUUUCAGUGCUGUAUGUGAUCACACAUAGUAUUAAAUCUAUUUACAUGUCAAUGUAUCAAUCCAUUUUCAAUAAACGUCAUGUGAAAAUGUUUUGGUUGUAAGUGUCCCUCACUGUUUUUUUUGGGAGACAGUAAGUAAAUAACUUGGGACAGAGAAAGAUCAUGAAGGAUUGCAAUAUUGGUGUGAGUAUUCUAAUUGCUCGGGCAUUUCGAGAUCAAGAAGAGGAUAGUGCUUGGUCUUUCUAGGUGCAUGAAUGAGGGUAAGUCCUCACUGCCUGGUGGGAUAUAUUCUGGGUUAUUGAAAGAAGCAAGGGAGGAGAUUCUUGAGGCCUUGACAAAGAUCUUCACUUGCAAAAUGUGAGGUCCCAGAGGACUAGAGAGUAGCCAAUGUUUUUCCUUUGUUCAAGAAGGAAAAGAGAGAAAACUUUGGAAAUGAUAGGCCAAUGAGCUUCACAUCAGUGGUAGUGAAGCAACUGGAGAGGACUCUGACAAAUAGGAUCCAUGUGCAUUGGAAAAGCAUGUGCAGAUUAGGGACAGUCAGGUGCGGUUUUGUGCAAGCCAGAUCAUGCCUUACAUACAAGACUGAGUUUGUUGAGGGGGCAUUGGAGGUGAUUGAAAAGGAUAGGGCAGUGAACGUUUUCUACAUGGUCAUUAGUCAUAUGACAAGAUCAUUCUUAAUAGGCUAAUCUGGAGGAUCUUAAAUGUUUCAGAACUACAGUUUGAAACUUGGUAGCUCAGAUUUAGUCUUGGCUUGCUCAGAUGGAAGGGUUGUUCCUCUGGAUGGAGGUCCAAGGUCAG